AUGUCAUGCAGUGACUGCAACCCGGACCACUCGUCCAAAACCGCUCCAGACCAUGCUCUUUCUCCUUUACGACGCUCAGCCCAGAUAGUCGUCAAUAUCCUUCCUGAAGGAUCUGCAUUGCUUUCGUGCUCAUGCUGUUGGCUGCCGACUGUGCUGGACUUUCUGUUUGCGGGCUCGGUCGCCGCUGCUGGCGUCAAAAAGCUGCAAUACGUUUUCAUGGUGACUUCGCUCCUUUCUUUCAUCUGGACCGUGCGGCGCGAAGGGCUCGGGCGUAGACUUUUCUGGCGGGUUUCGAUCCUUGUUGGAUUAUUUGCUUGGACGCAAGUGAAUCGGUCCAAGAAUGCCGUCGGCAAUGGACAGCACAGCUGUCAUUGA